CUCUAGACACCAAUACACCACUCUAGACACCACUCUAGACACCAUGUCGUCACUGAUCACUAUUGCCAAGCAGCUGGUGGACGUUCAGUGACGACAUGGUGUCUAGAGUGGUGUCUAGAGUGUCACGUCCACCAGCUGCUUGGCAAUAGUGAUCAGUGACGACAUGGUGUCUAGAGUGGUGCCUAGAGUGGUCGAGGCUGUAGCGGCGUUCCUACCGCAGCUCGCUUGGGAGGCCCGCGCCGACAGGCGAGGCAAGCACAACCCGCGCUACUACGCGACCCUUCGUAUUGGCGAGGGCGGGCCCUUUGAGCCCGUGCGCGAGGUCUUCAAGGAGGCGCUGGGCGAGGUGGGUGUGUCGCGAUGACUCGUGCAACAUCGCGAUGUACCUAAUU